AUGAAACGUGGGCAGCGAGUGAGGCGGCGAGUCUUCGCCUGCGAGCGAUGUCGCAAACGAAAGAUCAUGUGUGAUGCGACAUUCCCAGCAUGCUCCUCGUGCACAGAUGCUGGUGCUCACUGCUUGUCAGUGGACCAAAAGACGAAAGGAGCCCUGCCUCGCAGCAUUGUGCAAUAUCUGCAGCAACAGAUCGCCACGCUCGAACGAGAUGCACCAAGCCCAUCUAUUUUCACAAGUUCUAAUGACAUCCCAUUGCCUACAGGCCGCAAUUCAUUCGAACACGCCCGAUACGCUCUCCACGAUAUUGUUCCUCCGUCUUUGGGCCUCACACAAAGCGCCUGCCUUGCCGGUUGUGCUCUCGCUCCAACUCAACUACCGUCCUCGAAGGAAUACUAUGAAGCAUCGCAGGACGGAGAUCGACGUGUUCCCAGGCCGCUUGCUGAGUCAAGAGCAACCCAGGUGUUGACGCUUGCUGCUGUUCCAGUGCAUGUAGCUGAGUUCCUGCUUCGAACAUACCUGGUCAGGAUCAUUCCGCAAUACCCGAUUUUCCACAAGACUCAGGUAGAGGAGGCGUUCACGGCAAUCUUCGAUCGGCAAAAUGGCGACGUGGCUCCGCAACAAAGACAUGUGUACGUCGUCAGCUUGGUCUUGGCCAUUUCACUGUCCACGGCGGUUCGUAUGAAGCAGAAACGGGCACACGCUUUGGCGACAGGCUUGUUUCGAAAUGCAAUGCUGCGCGCCCCAGCUGUGCUCACCAAUGACCUCGAAGGCCUACAGUGCCUUCUCUUACUGAUCCAGUACGCUUUUCUGGAUCCCACCAUUGCUAAUCUCUGGCUGCUCACGGGCCUGUCAAGCGAAGCAAGCCUAGACAUGUGUCUACACAAAGAGUUGCCCGUGCAAGCAGAAUUGGACGUUCUCCAGCGAGAUAUUCGGCGACGCAUCUUCUGGUGUGCAUGGGAAAUGGAGGUGGCUGUAUCCGCUGCUUUCCAUCGGCCGCUUCGAAUACACUCGAAGGCUAUAGAGGCGCAAUUCCCCUCCGAGUACGAUGAUCGACAUAUCACAGAGAGCGGAAUCGAUAUCGUAGGCCGACAAACGAAAGUCGUGUCUCGUCGCAUCUGGCAGUUUCGGCAAGUGGAAGCAAAACUCCUCUCCGUUCUGUAUGACAACGACAAUCUGCCCGACAAUAUGUCUCUUGGAGAUUGGUCGGCCAGGAUCGACCAAGAGAUCAAUGAAUGGAAGCUCGAAGUACACCGCACUGCCGUCCAGGAAUCAGAAGACCCACUGGCGCGAUCACAGUGGGAAGAGAUGCGGUUGUACGCCGAUAUUGCCUCCAUGUGGAUACUGGUCCAGCUAUACAGACCGUGCCCGAGAAACAAAGCGCCAUGUCCUCGCAACUUGAUCAAAGCUGCCAAUGCCGCCGUGCACGUUGCUGACGACUAUCGAGAGCAACAGAAAACACGCUUCGGCUACUUGAAGUACGUGUUUCACCCGUGCCAUCAUGUGUUUUCGUCCGCACUGGUAUUUCUGCAGGCUUUGCAGUACUGCAAAGCGGAAUACGCCAGCUUGUAUACAGUGGAUGAGGUCGAACAGCAAGCCAACAGCUUCCCACGCUUCUUCACCACGAUCGCAGAGCGUUGGCCGGCCGCGGCACGGUGUCAUGAAGAAUACAGUCGACUUCUUCAACCAAUCCAACUAGAGUUCGCCCAGUUCGUCCACAGCAGGACGAGUCCACUCCUCCUACAUAUCCUGCUCUUUCCCGAAAGCGCCAUCGAGGGCAAGCCAUUUGGCGACCACGGCCAAAUGGCUACAAACCCAAUCGAAGAUGUCCUGCACGAGCCAGCGAAUGGAGCUACUCACAAGGGGGAUCGAAGGCGUUGA